AUGGGAUUAUACGAGAUUGAACGGACUCCUUUGCGAGUUGUGGAUUCGAUCGCAGCCAGUGACCCGGAUGCUCUCUAUUGCAUUCACCCAGUCUCUUCCAAUGUCUCUGAUGGCUGGGUCAAGAUAAAUUUUGCCACCCUGUUGGGCGCGAUCAAUCGUACGGCGCUCUGGAUCCAGGAAAAUGUCGCCCCAUCCAACGAGCCAGAGACUAUCGCCUAUGUUGGUGCCAACGACAUCCGCUAUGUCGCUUUUAUUUUUGCCUGUAUGAGGCUGAGACAUACAUCUCUCCUUCUCUCGACCAGAAACUCGGAACAGGCAUCCCGCCAUGUCCUGAGUGCAACAAAAGCUACCAAGAUUGUUUACACUUCUGAGCGAGAUCGGCAGAUCGGCGAGCUCAAAGCAGUUGACUCCUCGCUCAGUACCUCCCAGAUUCCGGACCUGUGGACGCUAUUUGAGACGGGCAGUUCUUGCCCCGAGGUGCGAGAGCCCGUCGACGAUGCGGAAGACCGCGUGGCAGUGUACAUUCACAGUUCAGGAACCACAGGAAUGCCAAAGCCGGUAGCAAUGACAAAUGGAUACUUUCAGGCUCUCGAACAAUCUGCCAUGUUGCCACUGCCAGAAGGUAGAAAGUCCAGCCUGGUCGCCAUCGAACAUGGGGGAGACCUGUGCUUCGUGAUGAGCCCUUUCUUCCAUUUGAUGGGCAUUGUCAACAUGAUGCUUCCAAUCCUGUUCCGAACACCUUUCUCCUUGUGUCCAGAAAGACCCCUGACGGAUGAAUUGCUCGCUCAAAUCGUGGUAGAAUUACAACCGAAGACGUCGAUUAUUGGAUCGUCUAUAUUGGAGGACCUAAGCAAAUCGGAGCUAGGAAUGGAGUCCCUCGCAAAGUUUGACUAUAUUGCUUAUGGUGGUUCGCCUCUUGCGUUCGAAGUCGGCAAUCGCAUUGCGGAAAUCUCCCACCUGCAAUCGGUUCUUGGUACCAGUGAAUGCUCAAUAUUUCCAGGUCUGCGGUGUGAAGACAAGGCAGACUGGCCAUACCUUGAAUUCAACCCCAAUGCAGGCCUGGAUAUGCGUGAAGCGGGUGAUGGUCUUUUUGAGCUCAUUGUGCACCGAAGAGAUGAUCGCAAGGACAAAGCUGUGUUCCAUACUUAUCCCGACAAGACCGAGUAUCGCACAGGCGAUCUAUUCUCCGCUCAUCCCACCAAAAAGGGCUUGUGGCUCUAUGCUGGUCGUCAAGACGAUUUGAUCGUUCUGAGCAAUGGUGAAAAAUUCAAUCCUACUGCGAUGGAGGACAUCAUUGCAAGCCACCCUCUAGUAAGCCAUGCUGUUGUGGUCGGGCAGGGCCGCUUCCAGUCCGCAGCUAUUUUGGAGCCUAAUUGGUCUUCAUGGAAUGGUGAUCCCAGCUCGCUAAUUGAUGACGUCUGGCUCCUGGUAAAAGAGGCCAACGAAGCGGCCCCUGGCUAUGCUCAACUUAUGAAAGAGCGCCUUGCCGUGUCUUCUCAAUCGAAACCAUUCCAGCUUACUCCAAAAGGAACCAUCAAGCGACGUGCCGUUGUGAAUGAUUAUUCUUCAGAGAUUGACGCUCUUUAUGAGGCUGGCGAUCAAAUCAAUGUAGACCAACUUCAGAAAGAUGCGUCGAACUCAGAUAUCGCGGCAUUUAUUACCCAGAUCCUGUCGGAUAUCCUGGGCGUGCCGACCGUUGAUCAGGAUGCUGACAUCUUUGCUCUGGGAGUCGAUUCUCUUCAAACUCUUCGUCUGGGCCAGAUGCUUCAGGCGUCGCUGCAAACCGCACGACCUGACCUGGGCGCAGCGUUUGGCAAUUCACAAUUGUACUCGCGUCCUACUAUUGCCCAACUCACAAGAUAUGUCUAUGAUCUGCUCCAGGGCAAAGAAUCAGGUUCUGUUGAGGAGAUCAUUGAAAGUGAAGAGGACCGAGAAGCCAGAAUCGCUGCCCUUGUUGGGAAAUACUCUGAUGAUGUUGGCGAGAGCCACGCCGUCAUUCUCACUGGAUCCACGGGAUCUCUGGGAGCGUAUCUCUUGCACGAGCUUCUCCGGGAUCUCAGUGUUUCCAAAAUCUACUGUUUGAAUCGAUCCGAUGAUGCUGCACCGAGGCAGCUCCAGAGUCUACGCGAAAAAGGUCUGGCGACUUUCAAUAAGUUUCCACGCCGUGUGGAAUUUCUGCAAGCAAGAUUCGGUGACGAGCGGCUUGGCCUUGAUGAAGCUAAGUACGAAGAGCUUCUUGAAAACGUUGACACUAUCAUCCACAAUGCGUGGAAGGUCAACUUCAAUCACCAGGUUGAAGCUUUCGAGCAGCCUCACAUCCAGGGCGUGCGUCGCCUAGUCGACUUCAGCAUUUCCAGCGAGAAGAGAGCCCACAUUCACUUCAUUUCAUCUAUCUCGACCAUUGAGGGCUAUAGCCAUGGUCCUUCCAUUCCUGAAAUUAUCUUCAAUGACCCCAGCUCAGCUCUUCGUCAGGGUUACGGCGAAUCAAAACACGUUUCCGAGAGAAUUUGUGCUGCCGCUUCGGCCAAAUGUGGAAUUCCGACCAGUAUUCAUCGUGUUGGUCAAAUUGGAGGUCCGACAACCGAGCAGGGAAUGUGGAACAAGCAAGAAUGGGUACCGUCCUUGGUGGCAACUUCGAAGACGAUCAAGCAGAUUCCGGACUCUCUCGGAUCCGUCUCUGUGCAAUGGGUGCCAGUCGAUAUUACCGCAAAGGUCAUCACUGAUAUUGUCCGUACUCGACGUACGACUCAAGAGGAUGAGGCGUCUGCUGCCUUCCAUAUCGUCAAUCCCAGAACAGCGGAUUGGAAGUCUCUUAUCCCAGCCGUAACAAAAUACUGCGAAGAUGUUGAACCAGUCGAUGUUCACACAUGGAUCAAGACACUGGAAAGUUUCACGAAUCCCACGGAAAGUGAUCUCAAAGAUAAACCGGCCCUCAAGAUCCUUGACUUCUUCAAGGCUAUCACAUUCAGUGAUCAGGCCGGUCCAUCUACAGAGACAACCAAGACUCAGGCUGCGAGCAAGACAUUGAGAGAUCUGAAGGAAAUCGAUGCGUCUCUGUUUGAGAACUGGAUGAGGCAAUGGAAUUUCUGA